GUAGUGUAUGCAGGCAGCAGCAAUACAGCACAUAUAUAAAGGCUGUCUCUUUCCACUCUUCAAUACACAGUGAAACUUCCAAACAUUGAAAAUGGGAAAGAUCUUCUUCUACGAGGACAGGAACUUCCAAGGCCGCCACUAUGAGUGCAGCUCAGACUGUUCUGACCUGUCCUCAUACUUCAAUCGCUGCAACUCCAUCAGGGUAGAGGGUGGUAACUGGAUCCUCUAUGAGCACCCCAGUUACAGGGGACACCAGUAUUACCUCUGGCAAGGAGAAUACCCAGACUUUCAGAGAUGGAUGGGCAUCAAUGACUCCAUCAGGUCCUGUCGCUUUAUUCCCAAUCACCAUGGCCAAUACAAAAUGAGAAUCUAUGAAAGAGGAGACUACCAAGGACAGAUGAUGGAGUUCUUUGAUGACUGCCCCAAUACUUAUGAUCGAUUCCGUUUCCAUGACAUUCACUCCUGCAAUGUGUUUGAUGGCCACUGGAUGUUCUAUGAGGAACCCAACUACAGGGGACGUCAGUACUACAUGAGACCUGGACAAUACAGGAGAUACAGUGACUGGGGAGCAUCAAGCGCCAGAAUUGGAUCAUUCAGAAGGGUUUAUCACAGAUUUUAAAUCAUUUGGGAACAUAAUUAAACUUUAAAUAAAAAAUGCAUAAUAAUUGAAAACAA